AUGGUCCCCUCUCAAGUUGCCGCAAAUUGCGCCAAGCGAAAAGCACAUGGCGUUGGGGACAGUCCCAGCAAGAAGGCGAAGAGUGAUAUUCCGGGCUACAACGACUCGCCACAAGAGGAAUACGACAUUGUUGACCGCCAAUUCUAUCCUCCGGAAAUGGAAAACGAGCGAUGCAAGCAGUACAACACGAGUGCAAUUGAACGUCCAAUCGAGACCUUCGAAGAGGCCCAGAGAGAAACCCAGUCCGAGCGGGACAAGACCCGAGUCAAAGACGCUGUAGUGCAUUGGUUCAAGUGCGAUUUACGGAUCACAGACAACAAGGCCUUGCAUUUGGCGUCGGCAAAGGCGAAGAGCAGGAGCGUGCCGUUGAUAUGCAUACAUAUUGUAUCACCGCAAGACUACAAGGCGCAUGUGACCAGCGCUGUGCGUGUGGACUUCGUCCUCAGGACACUAGAGGUUCUCAAGGAGGAUCUAGCGCAAUUAGAUAUACCGCUGUAUGUCGAGACAGUGGCAAAGCGCAAAGCGAUACCAAAUCGCAUCUUCGAAUUAUGUGAAAAAUGGGGCGCGAGCCAUCUCUACACGAAUAUCGAGUAUGAAGUCGACGAACUGCGACGGGAAGCAUUGAUGACCAGAACUGGGGUGAGUAACGGCGUUGCAGUACAUGCAGUCCCGGACACAUGCGUGGUUGCUCCUGGUGAGCUCUCGAGCGGUACCGGAAACCAGUAUUCGGUGUACUCUCCAUGGUUCCGCGCCUGGCUUGCAUAUCUGCACACGCAUCCUCAUCAGCUCGACCUUUUCGAUCCUCCGAACAAGAACCCCGAGGAUGCUCGAAGAAAUUUCAAGGAUUUGUUCGAGUGCGAGAUACCGGAGGCGCCAGAGAAUAAAAAUCUCACUGAUGAAGAGAAGAAACGUUUUCGAAGCAUGUGGCCGCCUGGCGAGCAUGAGGCACGAGAGCGGUUGGGUAAGUUUCUCUCGGAGAAAGUUCACCAUUACGCAGACGCGAGGAACAUUCCUGCAGGUAACAGUACAGCAAUAGUCAGUGUUCACCUCUCUUCUGGGACGCUCAGUGCAAGGACUGCGGUAGCCGCUGCGAGGGAUGCCAAUAGCACCAAGAAGCUUGACGGAGGUGAAAAGGGUAUUGUUGGGUGGAUUUCAGAGGUGGCUUGGAGAGAUUUUUAUAAGCAUGUCCUUGCCCACUGGCCAUACGUGUGCAUGAACAAGCCCUUCAAGCCCGAGUAUACCAACAUCCAAUGGGAGUACAACAACGAGCUCUUCCAGAAGUGGUGCACCGGAAUGACAGGCUAUCCUUUUAUCGACGCUGCCAUGCGCCAAUUGAACCAUACUGGCUACAUGCACAAUCGUGCCCGUAUGGCCGUUGCCUCGUUCCUUGCAAAGGACCUGCUCAUUGACUGGCGCAUGGGCGAGCGAUAUUUCAUGGAACAUCUCAUCGACGGUGACUUCGCUUCAAAUAACGGCGGAUGGGGCUUCAGUGCCUCAACCGGGGUAGAUCCGCAACCGUAUUUCAGGAUCUUCAAUCCCCUGUUGCAGAGUGAAAGAUUUGAUGCUGACGGGGAAUACAUCAGAAAAUGGGUCAAGGAGUUGGAAGGGAUAGAAGGGAAGGCGAUACAUGACCCUUAUGGCAGAAAGGCAACGAAGGCAGCAGAGAAAGCAGGGUAUCCUAAGAUGUGCGUCGAUCAUAAGGAGAGUAGGGAGAGGUGUCUGAAGAGGUAUAAGGAAGGAUUGGGGAGAGACACGGCUUGA